UGCUUUGUCGACUUCUUUGAGCUUGGAAGUCGUCUGAUUCGUUGCUCACAGCUGUCGAUCUUCUGCUACAGAGGUCCAAGGCGAUCGAGGCCGCGGUCCACAGCGAGCCCGGCAUAAGCACGCAGGCCUACACCACCAAGAUGCGCUCUCUCUUCGUGAAUCUCAAGGACAAGAACAACCCCAGUCUGCGCGAAGCCGUAGCCAGCGGCGAUAUCCCUGUCGCCAAGUUCGUCAAGAUGUCCAGCCAGGAGAUGGCAUCCGAGGAGCGAAGGAAGGCGGAUCAGCAAAUUGAGCAGCAAAAUCUGUUUGACGCGCUCGGUGCUGUCGAGCAGGAGGCCGAGACCAGUGCGUUCCAGUGCUCCAAGUGCAAGCAGAGGAAGUGCCGCUACCGCCAGGCCCAGACCCGCUCUGCCGACGAGCCUAUGACUACUUUCGUCACAUGUGUGAACUGCAACAACAGGUGGAAGUUCUCCUGAAUCAUAACGAUGCGCUUGGACCCUCUUCUUUUUCGAUGUAUUUUUGCACGCUCGUGCCGAUAUCUGUUUGCGCUCCUUGUUAUCUAUUCCAGUACCUGUAUUUUUUUUGUCGAUACACCCGCGCGCUUUGUUCCGUAUCGCCUUGACUUGGCUUCAGAUCAGGACUCGUGGGCUGCUUGUUUACGCGUGUUGAUCGUUCCAAACCUCUCCUCUGAACGCGUCUUACGACGCGCACCUUCCGGCUUUCUCUCUCAUACGGGGAUACCUUUCCAUCUAUACUGAAACAUGAGCACGGCCGCCCUCCCCUCUCUUGACGCUUUGCAUCGGCAAAGUGCGAAAAGGACACGAUCCAUAUUCGAAUCAUGUCCGGACGAAGGUUUGAAGGAUGAGGAAAAGAGGCAUGGCUACGCCGCGGACCGCAUUGCUCCUCCCUAACGUCUUGCAGCGCUCGGAUACGGCUUUCGACGAAAAUCUACGACGAAUAUCGCGAUUUCAAAGAACUGCCGCCAGCACUCUUGUCCCAGCAGGCGGGCGUAGGACCCGCACGGCCGAAGGAAUUGAGGAAAAUGAUAACAGCGGGGCCCUCCGCACCCGCCGAUGCCGCGACGGCCCUAAUGAUCUCCUCCAUCGACCGCACCCCCACCACAACACCGUCCACCUUCACAUCCUCGAGCAAGCUUUCCCAGGCGCUCUCCCUGCACAAGACGACGCGGACAAUCAAGCCGACGUAUCAUCCGCCGUGGAAGCUUGUGCGUGUCAUUUCGGGCCAUCUGGGAUGGGUGCGCAGUGUCGCAGUGGAGCCGGGGAAUCAAUGGUUCGCGACGGGUGCUGGGGACCGGGUUAUCAAGAUAUGGGACUUGGCGUCGGGGGAGCUGAAGCUGUCGCUGACGGGCCACAUCUCGACUGUGCGCGGGCUGGCCGUGUCACCUCGUCACCCUUACCUGUUUUCGUGUGGUGAAGACAAGAUGGUGCGCUGUUGGGAUCUGGAAGCUAAUAAGAUCAUCCGGCAUUACCACGGUCAUCUCUCUGGUGUAUAUACCCUUGCGCUGCACCCCACACUUGACGUGCUGGUCACCGCCGGUCGCGAUGCUUCCGCUCGUGUAUGGGACAUGAGGACCAAGGCGCAGAUACACGUCUUGUCGGGCCACACAGGCACUGUCGCCGAUGUAAAAUGCCAAGACUCCGAGCCCCAGGUUAUCACAGGUAGCAUGGACUCCACUGUCAGGCUGUGGGACUUGGCUGCCGGCAAAGCCCGUGUAACGUUGACGCACCACAAGAAAUCGGUCCGAGCGCUGGCCAUCCACCCGACCGAGUACUCGUUUGCAUCGGGAUCAGCCGGCGGGAAUAAUAUCAAGAAAUGGAAGUGCCCUGACGGCAAUUUCGUGUUCAACUUCAGCGGACACAAUGCCAUCAUCAAUACGCUCUCCGUGAAUGCGGAGGGUGUGUUCUUCUCUGGCGCGGAUAAUGGCAGUCUGUCGUUCUGGGACUACAAUACGGGAACGCCCUUCCAGACGAUGGAGGAUCUUCCCCAGCCUGGCUCGCUGGAAGCUGAGGCGGGCGUUUUCUGCUCGACGUUCGACAUGACCGGGACGCGCCUGAUUACGGGUGGGGCCGACAAGACAAUUAAGGUAUGUGCUUAUGUCCUUGACAUGUCGAACAGUCUCCGGAAACUGAUGCGUUGCAGAUCUAUGCUGAGCAGACCGGGACGUCGUGAUGUUGUAAUUCGCUGUUUGUAUUCACCGUUGGCAAGAGAAAAGAUUAUAUUUGAUACAUGGCGAACCGCUGGGAAGGACUGAAAAGCAACAAUACAGCCAAAGAAGACAUGAUUAAAUGACAAAGAUGAUAUUUGGAUUGAUUGCACGAUCGACCGACAUGGGAAUCACUCAACCGGCCCACCCGCUGAGCGACGACAGGCCGGCAUGCGGAGGAGUGUCAAGGUGAAAUGCUGCAGUGUUUACGGCAGGCUCGAUCCUCUGCCGGGGGCAUAGUCCAUGCGAGGCGGAGAUCGACGUCGGCGGGCACCCAGCGAGUCUAGGCACCGGAGAGACGGCAUUUGCGGGGCGGUGGGCCUGGAUCAGCGGCGAAUACGCCAUCUGCUGCGUGUCGUAGUGCAGCUGGUGGUGCAGAUCCGCCGCGUCCAUGUCUCCUGCCGCCGUGAUGCCGUAUAGGCCGGACCGCGGCGGGUCGAUGGGCGAUAUGGGGAACGGCGGCGAGGAGGUGCCGGAAACGGGGGAGAGCGUCUCGUUUGGGCUGGGGAGAUCGUCGAAGUAGGGGUAUGACUGGAGCUGCAUGUUGGCCGCAUCGAGGGGGAGAAACAUGUCCGACGGCGGUGAUAGCCAGUCGACGGCCGAUGGGAGCAUGUUGCUCACGGGGUCGUCCUGCCAGAGACCCAUCUGACAGGAUGAUGUGGUAUUGGCGAUCGCCGAUUGCCAGGUGGACGCGGGUUUUCCGGGUGGAACGACAGACGGUCCGGGCUUGGUGCGGCGCGUCAGGAGCGGCGCGGGGCUUGUUUCGGGGGGCAGAUCGAUAGGGCGCAAGGUCACUGAGCGUCUCGUCGGGCGGUGGUCGUCUUUGAUGAACGGCGGCUGCACGGGCUUCGCGCCGUACACCUUCUUCUUCGUCAGGCCGUGGACCUGCUGCAGCUUUGCGACGAUGCUGGGUGGAUCGGCGCACGGAUCAGUCAGUGCCUUGGUGGUGUACAUGUCCGACGGAAGGUGCUGCGACGUCUCAGAGGUCUGUGCCGUGCGGUCUUAGCCAAGCAGAUUUCAUCAGCCCACGUAACACACCUUGGAUGCCGAGGAAAGAUGCACUGCG